GCACACGAGGACGAGGCAGGUCGCAGAGGGGAUUGAGAAAAUAAAAUAAAAAAUAGAGAGGGAGAAGAGAAGAGUCAAUUGUGUUAUUGGCCCCCAAGCAAAAAAGCAAGGAUUCACCCUCAAAUCCAAUACCAGCAAUCAGAGCAAUCAGCAAUCAGCAAUCAGCAAUCAGCAUAGCAUUUUGUUGUUGCUGUAUAUUCAUUCUCGUUGUUGUUGUUGAUAUUUCAUAUAUGGGUUUUAAAUCUGCAAUCUUGUUGUUGUUAUAUAUCACAAUCACAACGCUACAAUUGGUAUCGUCGUCUUCGCCUGUCUGCCCUCCCCAGUCCGAUCUGUUCCGUAUCACUCUUCAAUCUCAAUGCCCCGUCGCAACCUCCCCCUACCCACCCCUCCAGGUGGAUGGGGACUUCAUUGACAGAGCAUUAGCAUCAACACGGAAGACUGGUUAUACUUCUGUGCUCUUUUACGCUUCCUGGUGCCCAUUUUCACGCAAAUUGUAUCCUAUUUUUGAAAUGCUUAGCUUCAUGUUCCCUCAAGUGGAGCAUUUAGCAGUUGAGCAAUCUUCAGCCUUCCCAAGUGUAUUCUCAAGAUAUGGAAUCCCUAGCUUCCCUUCUAUUUUAAUAGUCAAUCAGACGUCAAGGGUCCGAUAUUAUGGUCCAAAAGAUCUCCUGUCCCUUGUCCAAUUUUACCAGAAAACCACAGGACUUGAGCCGGUUCAGUAUUACAAUCAUGAUCAAUCCGUCAGUUGUGAAUCUGGUGAAAAAUCCAUAAUCAAAUCAAUGAGUAACCUGCUGUCACUAAGAGAGAUAUCAAGGAGGGAACCCUAUUUAGUUUUCGCUACAUUGUUUCUCUGUCUUAGGGCACUUAUACAUAUAUUGCCUAAGGUAUUGACUCACCUGAAAGCUUUCUGGGUUCUAUACGUUCCACAUUUCAACGUGGGAAUAUUUGGGGAGACGAGUCAAACUAUGGGGCGUAUCCUUCACAUGGUUGAUGUUAGGAGGAUUUGGAACAAGCUGAGAUUAUGCAAGACCAGGAAUUUCCACGAAGGUGCAAAGAAUGCCAGGGUUUGGGCUUCUUCCCUGACUUCAGUCUCUUUGGGUGAAUCUUCAUCGGCUAGAUCAUCGUCAUCUUAACUGCAGAACUUACAAUCUUGUACAAGACAUAUCCAGGGGUAGAAAAGAGCUUCUCUAUGUGGGGCUUUUGGGGCAGGUAGUUCUCUCCCUCGCUCACCAUAUUUACCAGUAAUGAUAGUUGAAGCUGUUGUCCUUGUUUGAGUUGGGCUUUUGGGAAAGCAAACAAGGUAAUGUAAAUUUGAGAAUAGCAUGGUUUUUGUAAAUUACUUGUAAUGAGUGACCAUCCGAAUGUAAUAUCAACUUCCCUCCCAUACGAGUUUACAUGGAUAGGGUUCUUUUUA